AUGGCGACGUUUAUGGCUAUUCUUUGGGGGUGUGUUGUUUCGAUUGCUGUUUUGAUUGCAGUAAUUUUUCCAGUAUUUUCGAUUUACUUGACAUACCUCCAUUGGAAAUAUUGUCAUCUACCUGGACCAAAACGGGACAGCUUUUUCUCCGGUAACUUGCCUUAUAUCUUAAGUGAAAGAGCUAAAGGACUAACUAUAUACGAGAUCGCUGGUAAACUUCACGAAAUUUACGGUCCAGUUGUUCUUUUGUUUGUCUACCAUAACCCAUUCACGUUCGUAUCUGAUCCAGAACUUGUACGAAAAUGUAUCAUCACGCUCAAUUUACCGAAAAAUCCUGUCGUUUAUGGGCACCUUGGAUACCCGUUCGGUCAACGUCUAGCCGGACGCGGUGUGUUAAACGAAGUCGACCAUGGCGUGUGGCAGAAGCGGAGGGCACUCCUGAAUCCAGCAUUUCAUCGCCGCUACUUGAUGAAUUUAAUGUCCUCGUUUAAUGACAGCUGCAACCUGUUUCUGGAAAAAUUGGAUGAAAUGGCUGACGGAAAGACUGUUGUGAAUAUGGCGGAUGAAUUCGCCAGAGUUACUCUUGAUGUCAUCGGAAAGGUACAGUAGUGAAACAGUGACAUGGUUGAAGUCCGCUUAGAGUCAAUAAAAUUUGAAAAAAAAAAAGGAGAGGAAAUGUCGCAGAAUGCUUUAUACCUGAAAUGCAGAAUAGUAAAUGUGAAAUGAGGAGGCUGAGUGUCUCUUCUACACUGUCUAAGUUGAUAGCUGCAUGGUUUUAUUUAUGUUAUAAUGCAUGUCAAUGUGGAUCAAUGUCAGUAUCUGAGCAAAUGUGUAUCUACCCCUACCUUAACCCAACAACAGUGAACUGAUAACAAGUUACAGUUACGUUGUGGGAUUAAUGUUGGCUUAUGAAUGAGGUACUAAGUGUGUAGUUGCUCAGAUAAUAACAUUGAUCCAUAAAUGCUAACCACAAACAAGCCAUAUUGGUGAAUCAAUACCCCAAAGACUUGUGUUUUGGAUUCCAGGAUGAAAAUUUGUUGUUGUUGUUGUUGUUUUUUUUUAAACUUGGUGUAAUUAUUGCUUUGUACUCUAAUGCAUAAGACAUCUUAACAUCACUCCACCCUGGCUGUGUGAAGGCUGGUUGGUACUCUGCUCACAGAUACCUAUGUACAUGUAACUGUGCACAAAAUACAUUCUGUAUCCAUCAAUCGGCUUGGUUUCAUUCACAAAUCACAGUGAACCUUCAUGUCCAUUCAAUGAAUAUAGAACGUUUAAUUAACAAAUCUAUUAUACAAGUACCUUUUCCUUUCCUGUCCAUCAGUGGAUGCUUGUUUUCUACUUGACAGUACAAUUAGUCUCAUGCCAUUGUUUAAGGGUUGCAAGGCCUAACAAUCAUAUUCUCUUGUACAACAGGUUGCAUUCAAUGUUGAUGUCAAUACAAUCCAAGAUGCUGAUAGUCCCUUCCCAUCCUCCAUUUAUAAAUGUCUUAAAGGGGUCCUGGAAAGUUUGCGAACUCCAUUCUGGAGAAUAUCUUUGUCAACAUAUGCUUAUCAAAGAAGUGUGAUUGAGGCAGCUAAAUUCAUUCGUAACUUUGGAAAGAAGGUGAUCCUUGAUAGACAGGGAGCUGUUUUACAAGGAGAAGAUACACCACUUGAUAUUCUUGCUCACAUUUUGAGUGUCAAGGAAAAGCAGUCAAGUAUCACAAAUGAAGAUCUUGUGGAUGAUUUUGUGACAUUUUUUGUUGCAGGUGACUGUGUGCAUAUAUAUUUGCACAGUUGCUACUCAAUCAAACAAGUUUGCUUGAUGAAAAUAUUUUCCAUUUAAAUGAUUCUAUUCCCAUUUAAUGUACAAUAAAACCCCUAGCACAGACUAUUGAUGUUUCAUCUUUAAAAAACUUUCCUGUUUUUACUGAAGAGACUGUAAAACAUCUAAUUUUAGGGUAUCUGGGAAAAUUAAAGAUUAUGAUACAACAGUAGAUACCUGGUAAAUUGAUAUUAUAAUUUGGACAUUUCGGUGCCACAGUGAUAUUAAAAAAGAAUGAGUCUGGCUGCCUUAACAGGCUGUAAGAAACAAGAGAAAGGAUAUGCUAUAGGAUCUUUAUAUGUCACAAUUAUAUUUUAAAACUUAAAGCUUAAAACUCAAACUUUCUGUUACUAAAAUGCUAAGAUUUGGCACUUGUUUCUAAGUGUCACUAGUCCUUUGUCAAAUAAUUUACAGAAAAUGUACCACUCUUUGAAUUUUUGGUAGCAUCUGAUUUAAGGAAUGUGCCUCAUGACACAAUUUUUUAAUGUUCACAUGUGUAGUAUUGAUGUUGCUAUACUUCUAUUGCUGUCUAAUGAUAACUGUUUCCUUCAAUUGCAGGUCAGGAAACAACAUCUAACCAGUUGUCCUUCACUCUGUAUGAAAUACUGAGGCAUCCAGAGGUUGAAAACAGGUAUAAUAUUGUAAUUUCUGCAUUUAUGGUAACAUGCUUUGCUACCUAUGAAUAGAGGUUAAAACUUUGGGAAAGUUAUAGAAACCUCUUUCUCAAGAAAAAGGAGAUGUGUUCCAUCACUGUGUUGCUUUACCCCUUUAACACCCAAGAGUGACUAGCAUCUAAUUUCUCUUGACACUAACACUUCUGAAUUACAAAUUAAGGUCAUGAGAAUAAAGGAAAUGACCACCAACUAAAGAAGCUCCUAACUGUUUAAAAAACUGUCUUAGCAGGCCUUAGGCAAUGGUUAGAAAACGGUAUGGAGACUAUGCUUACGGUUGUGUAUUGGGGCUAGGCAGCUGACCCUCUACUUCCAUUUUUACCCAGUAACAAUGUCAUCAGAGACAAACAUUUUUACAGCUUUCGUAGAGUUUUACGUGUGGGGAGGCAAGGGGAGAUUUACAGUUCUCAUUAUGUCAACUGUGCCAAUAGUUAGAAUUCCAUUGUAGGUUGUUACCAUGGCAAAAACCUAACCUGUUAGAAACACCCUUAAUUAAAUUAGUACAUUUAAUUCUCUUCAUUUAAAUACCACCUAGAAAUUUUAUCCAUUCGAAUUUUUCAGUACCAAAUAAACUGAAUGUUCCAUUAACCCAACCAGAUCCUUGAUAAAUUAUACCAAGUAUUUCACUGGUAAUUACACUAUUGUAAACAUUUGAAAUUUUUAUUAUUAGAUUUUUAUAUAUUUAUCUUUUCUAUUUAUUUCUGGUCUUUUAAUUUAUUUUUUUUUGGCAGAAUUGUUAAGGAAAUUGAAGCCGUUCUUGGUUCCCAUCAGUUUUUGGAAUACAAGGAUCUUGGCAACCUUCAGUUCCUGGGUCAGACUCUCAAGGAAGGUUUGCGACUUCACCCUCCAAUCGGAGGCAUAACGCGCAUAACCACCAGAGAUGAGAACAUUGGGGGUUGCAUCUUUCCUGCUGGUACCUCUGUGAAUAUCAGUCAGUUCUUGAUGCACCGCCAUUUAGAUUCAUGGAAAGAUCCACUUCAAUUUGAUCCUGACAGAUUUUCACCUGAGGUAAAAGGUGAAAUUCCACACUCUGUUUACUUCCCAUUCUCUCUCGGCCCUCGGACUUGUAUUGGACAAACAUUUGCUCAGAUCGAGGCUCGAGUGUUUAUGGCGCGGCUGCUGCAGCAGUUUGAGUUGACACUCUGUCCUAGUCAGGAUGAUAUGAAACACGAAGAGGCUUUGACCCUGAGGCCCAAAGGGGGUGUACUUUGUACUCUCAAACGAAGACACGAAAACUGAAGCAAACCAAAGAGACCCAUGUGAAUUAGGCAAAAGUAAUUAGAGAAAUUUUCAAUUAAGUGACGAAAAGAAUCCGGUUUGGUGUUGGCUUUUCUUCAACUACGCCUGGUGAUUGGUCUAGAAAAUUAACGCCCCCAUUUCAAUCAAUCAGAUCCAAUUGAAAACAUAUUUUCGCAUGGUCACAUCACAGCGGUCAAGCGGCUGCGCAUGUUGUUGUAGAAGCUAGGUGGCUUUAUUUCAGGUGUUCAAUACCAAUUUUUCCUUUAAGAGUGAUAGUGGUUGUUUCUCAUGUUUUCUUUUGUAAUUUUGCGCCCAAGUUUUGUUCACGGCUAGCUAAAAAUCGAUCCCCUCGCACAUGCCUGACGUGUGACCGCUGUGUUCUUAGCCACACACGUUUUCCCGCGUCAGAGACUCUUUCCAUGCGAUGAAGUUUGACAUAUUAUUAUACAUUAAUGUCAAUUUCUUAAUUUUCGUUGGCUCUAAUAUUUAGGUGUGGUUUGAUUUUUGUCUUUGCUACGAGCAAUUGGAAAUUUUAUAUUAAUAAUGGUUCUGUAUAAGUCAUUAAUAUUAAGUUAUGUUUUUCCAUCUGGCGAUGGUUUUCAUACAAUACAAUACAAUACAAUUAUUUUACUAGUUUUUUUCCAAGUGGAGUUUCCACAAUUAAUUUACAUCAAUGUCACUUCACUCAUUUGC